AUGACUGACGAGCUUAGUGGGAUUGUUACUGCUUCCGGAAGUACUGUCGUUGGAAGUGCAUCAAAUGAAUCACAACAUGUCUUUGAAAAAGAGCUUCCAUCAGAAGGCUGCUCUCCAGCCCCAUCAAACUGCUCGUUCAUCAGUGAGCAGGAAAUCCCGGAAGCGAAUUUUCUUCAUCGUCAAUCACCCGCUAACUUUUUGAGAUUUCUACCGCUUAGUCAAGCGUCUCCCAGUGCGUUUUCCGCUUUUCCACCCCGCCCGGAUUUUCUUAAUACUUCUGUAGCUGAUUCCGAGACGUCCUCGCGCUCAUCACUUGACGGGUCCUUCUUGUCGAAAGAAUCUACGGAAUGCACUGAGAAGUUCAGAGCACGUCGAUCUGUUCGAAAAUUGUCAUCAUCGUCUAGUGAUUCAGAUGGGAGUGAAUUGACAGUUGGUGGUGGCUCACUGGAUGGAGAUGAACCAGUAUUGAGAAAACUUAGCAAGACCAAGGUAUGCAAAUACGAAAAUUUGUGUGAAGUCAUCAAUUUAUGA